AUGUCCAUCCUCGUCAAACUAGUUGGUCACGGCAUAGGUCUCACGGCCGAAGCCAAACAAUACCGCAAAGACAAGAAAGCCCGUGAAGCCAGCUCUUCUAACUCUUGUGCCGCGUCUCCCUUCGAGUCCUCAAGCGACGACCCACCCGUCUACGCCGAACUCCCCCCCGACGACGCCAAAGCCCUCAUCGCUAGCGGUGAUGCUGUUCCCGUCGAGCGUCACGAAGACGGCGACGAGAAAGACUGGGAUCUCGACGAUGCCGCCGAAGAAGCAGAUCCAGACGCCGAACAACGCACGCAAAAAGAGAGCAACGACGCCUUCGCAAUAGCCCUAGCACGCCUCCCACCGCCCGACCUAACAAAAAAGCUCCCAUGCGCCGUCAUCCUCCCCCAGCGCCGCCCUCGCGCCAAAGCCCGCGGCUUCGUCAAAGCCUACGCCCCCGUCCUGCUCGAAACAGGCAUCGACCAAACCACCUUCCUCGCCUUCCUCUCCGCCUGGGAAAAAAGCAGCAAAGACGUCCAGUCCCGCGCGCGCCGCAACUCCUUCCUGGACGACGCAAAUACCAAACUUUUCAUGCCGCGCGGUCUCUACUGCAUGGUCAUGCGCUUCGCGCCCGACAGCGCCCACGCCGUCGAGUCCACUUCCGUCAACGCCAACGACGCCAUCGCGCGCUACGCAUCCGCGGCAGGCAGCGGCCUCACGAGCAAGCUGCGCAUGGCGAGCGGGAAGACGCACGGGGAGAUUGCGCUGCCCGAGGCCGCGCCGCUGGUGUUUCCGGCGCUAGAUCACGCGUUGGCGGCUGGCGGGGACAGGAAGAGGGAUAGGCUGAAGCGGGGGAGUGAGUUUGUGAAUGAGUAUAAGGAUCGGCGCGCGCAGGCGGUGUAUGGGGAUGCGCAUCCGGAGUCGAGGUUGGCGGCGCGGGAGAGGCCGCGGUUUGCGAGCGUGUAUAGUGAUCCGGCGCAUCCGGCGAGUUCGGGGGAUUUGUUGGCGUUGGUGAGUAAGGGGAGGAUGACAAUGCCGAGGAGAGAGGGAGGAGGAGGUUUGGGAGGGGGUGGUUUUGGGGGAGGGAGGGGUGGGGGAUUGGGGGGGUUGGUUGGGGAGGUCGUGGGGGCUGUGAGUGGGAGGGGCCGUGAUAGUGAGCAGCAGCAUGAGUCGCAAACUUAUGUUCUUAGUCAAGGUGGAGUUUUUGGGGGUGGUGGAGGUCGAGGCGGGGGACUCGGCCAGGGAGGAUUGCUUGGGACUGGGGUAGGUAAGGAGGUUGUCGGUGCCGGGCCGCUGGGCGCGGUUAAGAGGAUUAUGAGGCAGGAUGUGCUGUAUUUGCUUAUUGUGAAUAUGCCGUCGGAGAGGGAGAUUGCGGAGGCGAGGGCGAGGCUUGGUAUGGAGGUGUGAGUGGGAAGAGUGAGAUAUUUUUGGGCUUCAAGAACUGAGAGAGCGUCUUUUUGAAAAGCACGAAUAUAUAUCAAACGACUGCCGAGGGGUU